AUGAAGUGGGAGCUGGUCAAUGGCACAAAUGUCGAGACGAAGACGUUCUAUGUCAUUGGCGACAACGGCAAGAUUGGGCUAGCGCAAGUUAUCUACAGCGAUGUCAUGGGAGUACGGACCACUGCGCAAUUCAGCAGCAAGAUCUACUCGAACGAGGCGGGCAAGCCGCAUCUGUGGGCAUCCGAUAGCCUGAACAACUUCUCUUUCUCGAAGGACAAGCAGAGCUUCAAGGCAGACAACUGUGCGAUGGAUAUGAGCGAGGAUGGAAAGAGCUACCACAUCAAGUCAUCGACGAACAAGACGCAAGUGGUCGACCUGAAGUUUACCCAGGCCACGCCGGGCUUCGUGGUUGGCAAGGAUGGGACAAGCACAUUUGGAACAGAUCCAGCGCAUCCUUGGGGCAAGAUGUACCACAAGUUCUGGCCGAGAUGCAAUGUUGAGGGCACCAUCAUGACCAAGGAGGGACCAGUCGACUUCAAGGGGAAGGGCGUGUUCAUCCACGCUUUGCAGGGAAUGAAGCCACAUUUCGCAGCUGCCAAGUGGAAUUUCUGCUACUUCCAGACCCCCAUGUACACCGCUAUCAUGAUGGAAUACACAACACCACCAUCGUACGGCGAGACCAAGGUCAAUGUCGGCGGUAUCGUCAAGGAUGGCGAAGUCAUAUUCGCAGGCGCGUCGCCACUACUCAAAGCAGAGCAUACAGAGAUCAAAGGAGACCCAGACAACGACUGGCCAGAACCUUCCGCAGUGGCCUUCGCCUGGGACGGCAAGACCAAAGAUGGCAAGGAGCUUCACGCCGAGGUCAAGGGCGCCCUUGGACCACGAACCGACAGAGUCGACGUGAUGGGCGAGGUACCAAAGUUCGUCAAGCAGAUCGUUGCUGGUGCAGCCGGCACGAAGCCAUACAUCUAUCAGUACACGCCAAAGCUCAAGCUCAAGCUGAACAUCGGAGGAGAGGAGCAGGGAGAGGAGGGACAGCUCUUUAUGGAGGCCACGUUCAUCUCAUAG